AUGACCUUCGGGGACAGGCUGACAACUUACGAGCCCGAGCAGAGUAAAGACGUCCACAACGUGCUAGACAUAGGUACCGGAACAGGAAUCUGGGCAAUAGAAUAUGGUGAUGCUCAUCCGGAGUCAAUAGUGCUUGGAGUGGAUGUCAGUCCUGUGCAACCGGCUUUUGUCCCUCCGAAUGUGAGAUUCGAAGUUAUGGACGUGGGGCAGCCCUGGUUGUUUGCUUCUCAAUUCGACUUCAUAUUCAGCCGAUUCAUGACCGGGGCAAUUGCAAACUGGCGACAGUACCUCCAAGAAUGUUUUGAUAAUUUGACCCCGGGUGGGGCACUCGAAGUACAAGACAUAUCUUUCCGUCUUCGCUGCGACGAUGGCUCUCUCCCAGAAGAUUCUGCAUUCCGCAGAUGGGCCGAAUACAUGCUUGAAGCGAGUAUCAACCUGGGAUGCCCGCUCGACAGCGUUGACUCGGUGAGGGAGCUCAUGAUUGACACAGGGUUCGUCGACGUCGAGAAGAGAGCCUUCUGUUGGCCAAUGAACCAGUGGCCAAGGGAUCCGAGGUUGAAGAAGAUUGGAGUUUGGACUUUCCAUGACUUUACCGCUUCUCUGUCAGGCAUCAGCCUUGCCCUCUUCACACGAGGCUUGUCCUGGUCUCCGGACGAACUUGAAGUAUUUCUGGUCGACGUUCGGAGAGACAUGAAGAACACAGCUUAUCAUGCAUAUUGGCCAAUGUGA